AUGGCAGAGCCAACUUAUGAUCCAAGCCGCCCGAUGCCGGAAAUCAACAUCAUCUAUCAGUAUAAGCUGGCGAACUGCCCUGGCAAAAGCAUCGUUGGAUUACGAGUGGAGUUUCCGCCAAACGGGUCAACCCCGCCUCACAGACAUGGCGGCGCCUCAGCCUCCGCGUAUGUGUUUAGCGGCACACUGCUGAACAAGAUGAACGAUGAUCCGAUGAAGGUUAUCAAGGCUGGAGAGACUUGGUACGAAGCGCCGGGUUGCCACCACCGUAUUAGCGACAAUGCGAGCAAGUCUGAGCCCGCGACUUUGUUUGCUACUCUUGUUUUGGACACUGAUGUUUUGGAGCGGGAUGGGAUGGCCGCGCUUAUUCAGAUUGAUGAGGAAUAUCGUUGA